AUGGUACAGGUUAAGCAGUCAUAAAAAAUUUACUCUACAUUUUUAAAGCGUUUUCUAGGUCUAUUUAUAAGUAUAUUAUUACUAUUCCUUCUGCCCUGCACCAAGAUACUUAUAAUCGCCGCUCUAACCAUGUACAAGCUCGUGAUCCUCGCGACGUGUUUGGCCGUGGCCAAGGCUGGACUCAUCGCUGCCCCUCUGGCCGCUGCACCACUGGCCUACGCCGCCCCGGUCGCUUCAAUCGCUUACGCGGCGCCCGCGCCCAUCAUCAAGGCCGCGCCACUAGCUUACGCGGCACCGGCCCCCAUCAUCAAGGCAGCCCCCCUGGCCUAUGCAGCACCGGCUCCCAUCAUCAAGGCUGCCCCUCUGGCCUACGCAGCACCAGCUCCCAUCAUCAAGACCGCCCCCCUCGCCUAUACCGCCGGGCACAUCAUCGUCUAGUAAACUUCCUAUCUUCACGACGAGAACGAGUUGCCGACUCCACUUACACGAGAUAUCUCGUCUCUGAACAUUACCGAGUAAUUAAGCACGUACCUGUACUGGAAUUCAUCGCGCCCUGAUCACAGCCGACCAGGCAAUAGGCGUCUCCUGCUAUGGCGCUGAUCAAAAAUACGCGCGAAUACAAUUUUCUAAAUUGAUAUUCAUCUGUGAUUAAUUGUCGACCAUUUGAAUAAAUUAUUGAUUUUUAUUACAA